UUUACGUUGCUUUUGGUCAUGUUUUUCCUGACCCUCAGCUACUGUAUCUGUAAUUAUUUUAUUUGAUUUAAUUUUUUACAAAAUGGGUUCAAAAUCUCUUAAUACAAACAUUUCACUGGAGUUCUGGGGGAAAAAAAGUGUUUAAAGUUCUCAUCAACUUGGAUCAGAGGCCUGCUGAGUGCACCAGAGUUACUCAUUUUUAUUCUGAUUUUCUGGGGUGAAUUCAGUUGAUUUUUGCUUAGCGCUCAGAUUGCCACUUUAAAAUUUAAGAAAAAAAGGUGUUUAAUUAACUUUGUUUUAUAAUUAAAUUACCUUUAUGGAGUUUAGAACUUUUAAGGGUUUUUUUGUUGGGGUUUUUGUGGGGUUUUUUGUUGAUUUUUUUUUUUUGUUAUUGUUGUUAACUGUUUUAAAGUUUUGCUUUAUUCCCGUUCCUUAAACAAGAUCCAUUCAAAUUCUGACCAGGAAUAUGGAAAUAUGGAAACCCAAAAGUGGAAUAUGGAAAACUGCUGAGCUGAUUUAGUUUAAAGGAACUCAAUCUGAAGGGAUUUUUUUUUCCCCCAAGCUGGUGGAUGUAGGAAUGUUGAGUUAUAGGUGUGUCUCACUUCCCAAGGAAAGGAAAUGCCACCUUCCAGACCGGGAAUUCCUGGUGAUUUGUGUGUGAAUGCCUUUGCUCAGCCAAGCCCUGGCCCUUAAUUACCAUCGAUUGAAGUGUUGCCUUGAGCAAACUGAAGAAUUCGGCCUUGAGAUUUAAUGUAAAACUCCCAAAAGCAAAACACUUGGAAAAAUGUGUCUCCUUGAACCUCCACACGUAGGAGCUCCGGGAAUUUUUAGAAUUAGGUUCCAAGGAAUCUGGAUGACACAAAGUCUGUUUUUGAAGGUGCUAAAGGUCAAGAGUGAAUAAUCCCAUGGAUGUGGAAGAAGGGAAGCAGUCAAAAAACAAUAACACGUAUGAGAACCCAACUUUUCCUCUCUUUAUUUUAGAUUUGGGAAAAUUCCUUGCCAAAAAAAAAAACCAAACCAAACUCUGGAAAAUUCACUAGUGUUUGUGUGAGUAAAAGGUUCCAACCAUUUAUUACUGAUCUGUAAGAACGAUUUCAUUCAGUUUUGUCCCCAAGAAUCCGAAAUCCUUUUGCACGGAAAUGUGCAGUGAAAGGGGCAAAUCACUUUUGUUUGAAUUUUAGCUGGUCUGGUUGCAGGUCAAAAACCGAGAAUCCUAAAAAUCUUAAUUUUAUAAGAAUAUAAAAAUAAGUGCAUGACUUCACAUUAAAAAAAAAAAUGCUGUAGCUCAAGAAAUCGGGUUCUGGUGGCACCAAAAAAUCAUCAACUGGAUUGGACCUGAGCCAUUCCCAAAUGAUCUUGCAGCGAUGGAUGAUGAUGGAUCCACGGAUUAGGGAACAGCAAAUUCAUAGCAUGUGGUGGAAAACCAAAUUAUUUCCCCAAAUCCAAGCCCUGGUUCCAUGCAGCCAUGCCACUCCCUCCGGGGGCACUUCCCUGCUCCCCAGGGCUUGUCCUUGCUCUGCUUCAUCCUUCCUGCUCCUGACCUGUCUGCUGAGGGUUAGAGCCAUUCCCGAGGGAUGGACACCCCUGGGUGGCUGUGUUUGUCCCUGGGUGGCUGUGUUUGUCCCUGGAUGGCUGUGUUUAUCCCUGGAUGGCUGAGGUUUUUUUCCCUGGAUGGCUGUGUUUAUCCCUGGAUGGCUGUGUUUUUUUUUCCCUGGAUGGAUGUGUUUAUGUGUGCAUGGAGGGAUGUUUGUGUGCUGCCCCCAAACCCCCCCAUCCCAACUAACCCCUGGCAGCAUCACCCCCAACUCUUAUCCAGAUAUUAUGGAAAUAUUUCAUUUUUUUCCCCCCAGUUUUCUCCAAAUGAGAGGCUUUGCCUGCAGUUUGCUGUGGCAAAUAGCCAGAAAUUCUCAUUUUUGCUCUCGCUCUCACUUUAUUCUCCCUCCUCUGGCGUGUGUAUAAACACAUCUGUGCAUGUGGGUUUAUACACACAAAUGUGGGGUUUUCUGUACAGGUAAUAAAGAUGGGGGAAGGUUUUUGUGUUUUCUUAAUAGGUGAAGAAAUCUUGGAAGACCAGAAAUUGCAACUUACUGAAUGUUAAAUUAUUAAAAAAAAAAAAAAAAAAAUUAGAAAUUGCCCGGCUGUGGAAGAUGGAGCCUCAUUUUUGCAGCCACUUUGAAUCCCAAGUUCAUCUUUAAAUGCGCUGGGGCUUCUUUUGGUGGUUUUUUGGUGGUUUUUUGGAAGAGCUAAGUAACCCUGGCUGUCUCCAGGCUGACAGUGUUCCAAUGGACUUGCUUCCUCCAUUAGUUGUAAGAUGUUUGAGAGCACAUCCUAAGUUUGAAUUGUGGAUGAGAGGUUCCCUUGGCAAUGUGAGAAGGAAAAUUCUUUCUACCCCUUUGUUAUUAAUUCACGGACUCAAGUGUUGGUUCGGCCUACAGGAGAAGGGAACUGGAUGUCUGGGAAGAUCAAAGUCUGUGCUGAAGUUGUCCAGGGUUACUUUUAAAAAGAAGAUUUCACUGCUAAGCCAGUAGAAGACUUUGAGUCCCAGAAAAGUGAAGCCAGUUUCUGCCAAGUCUGGAGGAAGACCCUGAGAGCAAACCCUGAGAGCUCAUUCCAGCAAUUUAUCCAUUAUGUCUAACCAAGGAGAUGACUGCUACUUCUACUUCUAUUCCACGUGCAACAAGGGAGACAGCUGUGCCUUCCGCCACUGUGAGGCUGCUCUGGGAAGUGAGACCGUGUGCACCCUCUGGCAGGAGGGUCGUUGUUUCAGGAACGUCUGCAGGUUCAGACACAUGGAGAUCGAUAAAAAGCGGAGCGAGAUCGCCUGUUACUGGGAGAACCAGCCCGGGGGCUGCCAGAAGUCCAACUGUGCUUUCCACCACACCAAAGGCCGUUACGUCGAUGGGCUCUUCCUACCCCCCAGCAAAACCACACUCCCAAGUCCACCUGAGUCUGCAGAGGACGAUGUGAAAAUGGCUCAGAUGUCACUGCAGCAAAACAAACUCUCUGUGCAGUCCAACCCCUCCCCACAGCUGAGGGGGGUGAUGAAAGUGGAGAACUCAGAAAAUGUCCCGAGUCCUACACACCCUCCAGUUGUCAUCAAUGCUGCAGAUGAUGAUGAAGAUGAUGAUGACCAGCUUUCUGAAGAAGGAGAAGAAACCAAAACACCUGUCCAGCAGCCAGCCACAGAAGCCCAUAAUGGAUUGAGGCUGAUUUCCACUAGGAAAUCCAAUGCUAAUACAAAGCAAGAUGACAAUUUAAAUUUUGGAAUAAAAACACUCGAAGAAAUCAAAUUGAAGAAGCUGAAGGAAAAAGCCAAAAAACAAGGUGAAGGUCCCUCAGGAGUUGCUGUUGAUCCGCUCCAAGCUCGGACAAUUCCUGUGCCAGAGAAGGAAAACGUAAGGACAGUGCUGAGAACUGUGACUCUGUCCUCAAAGGAAGGUGAGGAUCCUGUGAUCCAGCUGAAUCUUCCUGACAGACUGGGAAAACGGAAAACUCUCAUAGGAGGUAAAACCUUCCUUCCUCUGAGGCGUAACGUUGCUGACAGGCUGGGCAGGAAGGCAGAGCUGCUGGAGAAUGCUGAGAAAGCCCCCAGGAGAGGCACAGUUCAAGUGCUGAAGUCCCUGAGGGAGAGGCUGGGACAGCCCUCUGACCAGAGCAGUACAGAGACAGAGAAGGCUGCCAAGCCCAUCGAGGAGAUCCGGGUGAAGACCCUGGAGGAGAUUCGCCUGGAGAGGGCGAGCCAGAGGCGGGGGGAGCCCCCGGCCAAGCCCCCUGGUGAGGCCCGGAGGGCAGAGGAGCCCAGCCCAGGGACCAGACCUGCCCCCCCUGCCCGCAUCAAAUCCCUCUCGGGAGCCCUGGCUGAGAAGAACCACAAGAGGCUGGAGGAAGAGAAGGGAAAAGCGGAGGAGUUUCCUGCCAAGCCAAAAGCCGAGGGAGAGCCCAGGAAGAGCAUUUCUGCUCCAGCUGUGCCUGGCAGGGUGCAGCUGGCAGAGCCAGGAAGAGCCAAGCCAGCGGGAGAAGUGCGGAUCAAAACCUUGGAGGAGAUCAAGAGGGAGAAAGCUCUGAGGAUGCAGCAGAGCGGGGAGAACGUGCCCGCUCCUCCCGCACAGCCCGAGCCUGCCCUCAGAGGGAGGAAACUGCUGCGGGUCACCAAGCUCAUAGCACCUGGAAGAGAAGAAAAAAUGAUAGUGGAACUGAACAAACCUUCUCCUAAAACUGUCUCUGCACCUGCAGAGCCCUCUGGUCAGAGUGCAGCUAAUUCCACAGUGCAGGUGAAGAGCCUGGAGGAGAUCAUGUGGGAGAAGCGGCAGCUGAAGCAACGCCAGGAGAAGCUUCAGAAGGAAGCAGCUGCUGUGCCAACCCCAGUGGAGAAACCAGCCAAGGAGAAAACUCCCCCCUCAGGGAGCCCUGAAUCCGCCGUGGUUUCAGGACCAGCUUAUCAGCUUGGGAGGAGGAAACUGGUGAAGCCUCAGGAGGACGGGGUGGGAAGCCCAGAGAAGGACCCUGCAGUGUCCCCAGGGAAGAAGGCAGCCCAGCCUCCGGAAAGGAAAGCUAAAACCAAAUCCAAGGUGUGCCUGAAGCCUCUGGAUGGCAGAGCCACGUCCUCCCCGAGGCAGACCCUGAAACGCAAGGCCACCGAGAGCCACCCCACUGCCGUGGUGGCCGUGAAGCCCCUCAGUGCCACCGGUGGGGACACCAAGGAGCCCUCAGCCAAGAAAGCAGCUGCGGCCGUGGCUCCUGCUUUGCCAGAGGACAGCCUGGUCUCCAUACCUCGGAGGGAAAAACCUCAAAGCAGCCCUGAGCUGCACCUCGGGAGCCAGGCAGACUCCCUGGCACAGUCAGAGGUCUCCAGCUCGACUUCAGCUUCCUCAGAAGUGCCGGUGAAGCUGCGCCGGCUGAGCUCCACGGGCUCUGCCAAAGCACCUCUGUCUGUGGAAGACGACUUUGAGAAGCUCAUUUGGGAAAUCUCAGGAGGCAAACUGGAAGCAGAGAUUGACCUGGACCCAGGGAAGGACGAGGAUGACCUCCUUCUGGAACUUUCGGAGAUGAUUGACAGCUGAACUGCACAGUCUUAAAAAAAAAAAAAAAAGAAAAAAAAAAACAACACCAAAAAAAAAAAACAUAAACUUCCCCCCUACACAACCCCCAAACCUGUAUAUUUUGUUGGAUACGUGGAGGUGAUCCUUUCCUAGCUGAGGCUGAAGGCACAGUUGGAUGGGUAGGAUUAGGCAGGAUCUGCACUCAGUUGUCCUGACUUUCCCCGGGACUGUCGGUGGCUCCUUCCACACGGAGUGGACAAAGCACUCGUGGUUUUUUUUCUGGGGACACAGAGAUCCCAUCUCCAGACUGUGGUGGUUGUGAACUGAUCUGCUCAUUCUGUGACACUCCGAAGGCUUCAAACAAAAGCUCCCACCUUCCCCCCUCCCUGGCACGACCCAACGUUCAGCACAUUUCAGCGCUUCGUGUUCGGAUCCCGUGGACAGUUGGUACCCAAAGCCUGGAGUUACUAUGUCAACUCUUGAGUUUUACUGCUGUACGCUGUCAUUUUGACUUUAAUUAGGGGAAUUAAUGACAAUGCUGGGGGAGGGAGGGAGCAGAUUAAUUAGUAUUUCGGACCAAACACGCUGCCAAGGGCGGUGGCUGGGGUGUGUCCAUCCAGCCUUACUUCGAAUUAUCAGGGUGCUUUUUCCCGAUGGGAACAGGAUCCUGGGGUGGGCAGCCAGGAUUCCUCAUUGUCUGCAGUGAAUUGGGAAAGGAAGGAUUGGUUUAAGUGCCUCUUGGUUCCAAGCAUUGCUCCCCUGAGCUGCCGAUCCUUCAUCCUGCUGAAGGAAUUCCUCAGCCCUGACGUCCGCCAGCAUCCGUCUCACAUGCCCAUGGAAUGACUCUGGGAGAGAGGAAGAGGGCAUGGAAGGUUUCCUCCUCCUCUAUCAGCCCGUGGAGGCGGGAUUUUGGUGUAUACCAUGGUUUCUGUAAAUAUUUUAUUCUUCCAUUUUAUAUUUGUAUUCUAUUUAAGGUAUUAAACGUAGGCUGGUCACCUCCGCCCGCCCCGCUCGUGUCUGUACAGACCUGGUUCUGGUUUCUAUGUGUAUUUUAUUUAAGGAAUUGUAUUAAACACCGUCUGGUCGCCUCCUCC